AUGCCGCUAUUGGCGAAGGCCGCUGCUUUGGCGGUGCUGUUACUGACAAGCAACAUACUAGCAAGCCCCAGCCCUGUCGAGGCGAGAGAUGCCUUACCCACUGUCGAUCUAGGAUACAACAUUCAGCGUGCGACGCUCUACAACGAGACGGGACAGUACUACAACUUCUCCAACAUCCGCUAUGCCCAGUCGCCGACUGGCGACCUACGAUUCCGAGCACCCAAGUUACCGCUGAAAGAUCGAUCACAAGUAUUCACCGGGGAGACGAACCGCAUCUGCCCGCAGGCAGAUCCAGCGUGGCUCGCAACAGCAGAGCUAUUUAUCCCGCGUUACUAUCAAGGCGAGACCUCUUUCACCCCAGCCGAUUUUAAUACGAGUGCGGCCACCAGCGCCUUGCCUGCGCAAGAUCCAGCUACUACAGAGGACUGCCUGUUCCUCGAUGUGCAUGUCCCGAAGGGUAUAUAUGAUCAGCGUGACAAGAAGAAGAGCCCAGUCUUGGUGCAGAUCUAUGGAGGUGGAUAUACGGCAGGAGACAAGAGGAGCGUCGGCAACCCAGCUGGCUUGCUGCAGCGUAGUCAGAACAACAAUAACACCGGCUUGAUUUACGUCUCGCUGAACUAUCGACUUGGCGCAUUUGGGUGGCUCGCAGGUCCCACGUUUCAAUCGGACGGAACCGCAAACGCUGGUCUCUAUGACCAAAGGAUGGCCCUGGAGUGGGUGAGGGACAAUAUCGCCAAAUUUGGGGGUGAUCCAGGAAGAAUCACGGUAUUCGGAGAGAGUGCUGGAGGAGGCUCUGUGAUGCACCAGAUCACUGCUUUUGGAGGUGCACCUGCUCCGUUUCAGCAAGCGAUUCCACAGUCUCCUGGAUUUGCGCCGAUGGCAUCGACGGCACAGCAAGAACAGGUAUUCAAUGCUUAUCUCGCCCUGCUCAACGUUACUUCAAUCAAGCAGGCUAGGAAAUUACCUUAUCAGGCCCUUCAGACGGCGAACAUCAAACAGGUCGGCCUACAGUCCGCGUAUGGCUUGUUCACGUACGGUCAGUAGUGCAUAGCGGCCAUCUUUAGAUUUCAAGACUCGUACUUACCACUCCUCUUCACUGUGCAGGUCCAGUGGUCGAUGGGAUAUUCGCUCCGUCACUGCCCGGGCAACUCCUUGGUCGAGGCCAGUUUGCGAAGAACGUGAAGCUGAUGGUUGGACACAAUGCCAACGAGGUCCCUAUCCCUUGAUACCUCUUAGUUUAGAGCCUCGCUGAUCAAUCCUAGGGAUUGCUAUUCACAUCGCCUUUUGUUCAGAACUCCACUGACUUCGAAAACCAAAUCUUGAGUGUGGUACCGAGUAUCGCCGCGUUUCCGGCCACAGUUCAAUACAUCGCCAACACACUGUACCCACCUGUUUUCGAUGGAAGUCAGGCAGAAGCCUACACCAACCCAAUCGCACGAACCGCCGCGGCGGUCGCAGAAGCUACAUUCGUCUGUAACGCAUUUUAUCUGGAUAAAGCUUUCCACAACCAGACCUACUCCUACCUCUUUGCCGUCCCUCCGGCUGUCCACGGCGAAGACGUGGCCUACACGUUCUUCAAUGGACCGAAUUCAGCAGUCACGGCUCCUUCGGUUGCUCUUGCGCUGCAGGAGUACAUCACACAUUUCGCGGAAUUUGGGUAUCCUUCUGAGAAGGGCGUACCUUUCUUCCCGUUGUAUGGGGGAAAUGCGAGUGUUCAGGUUUUGAACGUCAGUAGUAUUCGGCAGGCAAGGGACGAUGCAGCGAAUGAGAGGUGUAAUUGGUGGCAGAAGGCUUUGUACUAUUGA